AUGGAAGGAAAACUGACUGGGCAAGAGAAGCGUGUCGGAGACUUUGAUCUCUUCUGGGACGACGGCCCAGUACCACCCGUGGGCAAUCCCUCUCAAGUCUGGCUUUCGGAGGUCCUGACUGCUCUUUCAAACUCCGGUACUACAGGUCCAACGAGCGGUCUAAAGACAGGCCAUCAGUUGGCCUUUGGUGGAGCUGCGAAUGGGGUUUGUGCUGCCGGUGCUGCUGGCACUAACACCGGACUGCAACCGCAACAGAAACCGACGAACAACAACUCAAUGUCAUCUCUCAUACCAUUCCCACGUCUGAACUCCUAUCUGGGAUGCCUACCAUGCAGGACUUACUUUACGCAGCAAUCCCACCAUCAGCCCUCCAAUCCUCUUGACCUCUGCGCUGGUGACAUCUUCCAAACUCAAAGCAACCUGUAG